UUGAUUCAUGGUAGAGAGUUUGGGUGAAGCUUUGAUGCGCAAUUGAUCUACUUGUUUCGUGGUCGACAAAUCGCCAACUCCGACCUGGUAAUCACUGCUCGCCUUUUCGUGUUUGAUGUUUUAUUUCUUGAUUUGAUAGGAUCAAGAAGGAGAACGAAAUUACGUUGUUGGUGGUUUGGGCGUAUCUUUUCGUCUGAUCUUCCUGUUGUUGUUUAAUCCAAGGCUAACUGGAUAGUACAUAGGUUGUUCUUUCAUAGGUUAUCCGUAAAUUUAUGUUUUUUUUCAUUGAACUAUUAUCAAUCAGUUGAAAAUCAUCAUUUUGCGUUACUGGGUUUGCACGGAUUUUAGGGUUUGGAUUUGGGUUUAUUUGAUUAUUAGUGUUGAGAUUUAAGAACCUUUAAGGGUUCUUUAGAUUGCUCUGACGGAGUCCUUAAAGGAAAACAGUGGUUUUGAUUGUGCUGCUGGACUGGAGUGUUUAGUAGAUGUAAUCAGGGCUCUUAGAAUGGGGUCCUGCUUGUCUAAUGAAAGCAGGAGCCCAGUUCCGGGAUCUCCAUUGGGAGUGAGGAAGAAGAAGAGCUUGAAAAAGAGGUCCAUUUCUCGGAAUUCUUCGUUGGAGUUCAGGAGAGAUGACCAGUUGCGUAGAAUCCCAGAGAGGAUGUUCUUGAAUGGAUCUAGUAAAAUUGCUUCACUCUUUAUGCAACAAGGGAAGAAAGGUGUUAACCAAGAUGCAAUGGUUGUUUGGGAGAACUUUGGGUCAAGAUUGGACACUGUUUUCUGUGGUGUUUUUGAUGGCCAUGGUCCCUUUGGUCAUAUGGUUGCCAAGAGAGUGAGAGAUUCCCUCCCCUCAAGAUUGAGUGCCCAUUUGGAAGUUUGCUCAAAGGCUGAUGAAGUUCUGAGAGAGAUUAGCCUUAAUAAAACAUGUAGCAUAAACUCUGAUACUACUUCUGUUUUAUCUGCCGAUGAAGACUCUAUAUUCUCCUCCAUUGCUGUUGAAGAUCCAGACAAAGAAACACAGAUUAUUAAGACCUUCAAAGAAUCCUUUCUCAAGGCCUUUAAAUUUAUGGACAGGGAAUUGAAAACACACACGAAUUUUGACUGCUUUUGCAGUGGGACAACUGCAGUGACACUAGUGAAGCAGGGUCAGCAUCUAGUGAUUGGUAAUGUUGGGGAUUCCAGAGCAGUAAUUGGUACAAGAGAUAAUGACGAUUCUCUUAUUGCUGUCCAGUUAACAUUAGAUCUCAAACCAAGUCUUCCAGCGGAAGCAGCGAGAAUCAAGAAAUGUAGAGGACGUAUUUUUGCUCUGCAGGAAGAGCCUGAAGUUGCUCGGGUUUGGCUUCCAAAUAAUAACUCCCCUGGCCUUGCAAUGGCCCGAGCUUUUGGAGAUUUCUGCCUGAAGGAUUUUGGUCUCAUAUCUGUGCCUGAUAUUACAUAUCGAAACCUCACUAACAAAGACGAGUUUGUGGUCUUGGCAACAGAUGGGAUAUGGGAUGUGCUUUCAAAUGAAGAUGUUGUAAACAUUGUAGCGUCGGUUCCAACACGAUCAUCUGCUGCUCGAGCUGUCGUCCAGUCUGCAGUGCGAGCUUGGAGAUUUAUGUAUCCCACCUCAAGAGUAGACGACUGUGCUGUGGUUUGUCUCUUCCUAGAUUCAGACUCGAACAAUAAUAAUAAUUUGUCUGCUUCUUCAUCUUAUUCUACUACUGCAAUGUCGAAAGAGAACAUCGUUUCAAACGAGUGCAACAACAGUGAGAUUACCGAGAAAGAUUAAGACCUUACUCGCUCAGGAACUGUUCAAACUGGUGACUGAAAUGCCCAAAAUAUAAGGUGUUUUUCUUGUUUAUAUUGUGGUUUUUACAUUUAGUUGGGAAAACAAGUUUCUCUGUUAUUAUUAUACCCAAGUUUGUGAGAGAUUUUAUAUGUUUUGAUAUUAUUAGUCUGCUCAAGAUUCGUCGAUUGAUUGAUGUCUGGUUUGGCUUGUAUUUGUAUGGCCUUGUGUAAAACCUAACUCUAUAUUCUAUUUAUAUGUUUUUGUAAAAGGUCCA